UAGAGAAGAUUGGUGUAAUUUACCCUAAAAUUAAAAAGAAAAUAAAUUCAUUAGAUUAGGGGAUAUUGUUGGUUUAAUGAUGUGUUGUUUAUCAAAAGUUGUUGGUUUAAUGAUGUUUUGUUUCUUAUGAUAUGCUAAUUUUGUUGUAUUCAAUUUUUUUUCUUAUUGCUUUUGUUGUGAAAUAAUUUUGUCAUUUAUGCAAUUGGAUCAAGUUGUUGGAUUGAUUUUUAUUUAUUUAUUUUUAUUUAUUGUUCAUCUUAAAUCGGAAUCAUAAGUUUUGAGACAUGUCAACCCAAGUGUUAUUAUUAGUUAAAAAAUUCUAGAUAUAAAAAUUAGUGAUUUAUUUGUAAAGUUGAGAAAGACACAAUUAUAAUUUAAUUUAGUUUUUAAGGUUGCAGAUUGAUUAAUAAAAAGAAUUCAUUCACUGACAAAAAAAACUUUUCAUUCAUUUAUUAAUAUGUAAAAUUAUACAAUUAUUAUUGUGAAUAACUGUUAUUAAAAAUAAAUAAAUAAAUAAAAAAUAAAAAAAAAAAAGGCAAAUGAAAUUUAUGACAAGUUGAGUGAUCACUUUGACAAAUAUGAUGAUACAAAAUAUGAUAGUAAUCAACAAAUUCAAAUCUGAUGAACAAUUAUCUAAUUUAAGUCCAAUUAAGCACUAAAUUCAAAACCAGUGUAAAAACUCCUGAUUGAUGUCUAUUUAUAUUCUCAGUCUUGGCGUUCAAAGAGUUUUUGUUUCAGUCGUUUCAAAUCAAAACCCCCAAAACCCUCCGUUGCAAGUUCGCUCGCUCUCUCUCUCUCUCUCUCUACUCUCUCUUCUCUUUCUCUCUCUAGAAUCUGGACUCUGGUUACAGUUCAACAAUGUCGCUGAGACCGGAGAAGAAAGCCGAGGAUCGGCGCAACAAGUACAAGGUCGCCGUCGACGCCGAGGAAGGUCGUCGUCGGAGAGAAGACGACAUGGUGGAGAUUCGAAAGAACCGAAGAGAAGAGAGCUUGCAGAAGAAGCGACGGCAGGGGCUUCAAGCCAAUUUACAGCCGUUCAUUGCCGCGGUGGAAAAUGUCUCUGCCAUGGAGAAGAUGUUGGAACAACUACCUGCAAUGGUUUCGGGUGUUUUUUCCAAUGAUUUCGAUCUGCAGCUCCAGAUGACUACUCAAUUCAGGAAAUUGCUAUCAAUAGAAUGCUGUCCCCCAAUUGAAGAAGUUAUUAAAUCUGGUGUUGUGCCACAUUUUGUUAAGUUUCUUACAAGGAAUGACUUCCCUCAGCUUCAGUUUGAGGCGGCUUGGUCCCUCACAAACAUUGCUUCUGGCACAUCCGAGAAUACGAAGGUGGUAAUUGAUCACGGGGCCAUCCCACUAUUUGUAAAACUUCUAGGCUCUCCUAGGGAUGAAAUUCGUGAGCAGGUUGUAUGGGCCUUGGGAAAUGUUGCUGGUGAUUCCCCAAUGUGUCGUGACCUUGUCCUUGGCCAUGAUGCAUUGCUUCCGUUGCUGGCACAAAUUAAUGAGCAUGCCGAGCUUUCUAUGCUGAGAAAUGCUACCUGGACGAUUUCAAAUCUAUGUAGGGGCAAACCACAGCCUGCCUUUUAUCAGACAAAACCUGCACUUCUAGCUCUUCAGCGUCUUAUUGACUCAGACGAUGAAGAAGUGUUGUGUGAUGCAUGCUGGGCUCUCUCAUAUCUUUCGGAUGGUACAAAUGAUAUAAUUCAAGCUGUUAUUGAUGCGGGGAUGUGCCCCCAGCUAGUUGAGCUUUUGCGUCAUCCUUCUCCCUCGGUGAUCAUUCCUGCUCUUCGUACAGUUGGAAACAUUGUCACUGGAAAUGAUACGCAAACUCAGUUUAUCAUCAACCAUCAAGCGCUACCCCGUCUUCUGAAUCUGUUGACAAGUAAUUACAAGAAGAACAUUAAGAAGGAAGCUUGUUGGACCAUCUCAAACAUCACUGCUGGCAACAAGAAGCAGAUUCAGGCUGUGAUUGAGGCUAAUAUUAUUGGUCCUCUGAUCCAUCUGCUUCAAAAUGCGGAGUUUGAUAUCAAGAAGGAAGCUGCAUGGGCAAUCUUGAAUGCUACCACUGGAGCCACUCAUGAACAAAUAAAGUACCUAGCGAGUCAAGGGUGUGUCAAGCCAUUGUGCGAUCUUCUUGCUUGUUCUGACCCGAGGAUUGUGAGUGUCUGUUUGGAUGCGCUUGAAAACAUCUUGAAGGUUGGAGAAGAUGAGAAGAAUCAGGAUCUUACUGGAGGUGUUAAUCUCUAUGUUGAAAUGAUUGAAGACAAUGAGGAGUUGGAAAAAAUUGAGGAUCUUCAAAAUCAUGACAACAAUGAGAUUUAUGAGAAGGCAGUAAUGAUUCUUACGACAUAUUGGGAGGAGGAGGAAGGUGAUUUUGAGACAGUGCUGCCAGAUCCUUCCAGCGGCUUCAAGUUCGACUGAAGGUCAUUGAAGAGGUUGCUGAACUGGCUCGGGUUUCUUUGAGUUGCUGAGGUAAACUAUCUGGAUUUAGUCUUUUCUAGGGUUCCACAGUGUAAAUGGUUGAGUCUUUUUAAUUGCUAUUGUCCUCGUAGUCAUUAGUAGAAUUCCCUUUAUUCUAACUGUGGCUGGGUUAAUUUCCGGAAAAACUUUAUCCUGCCCAGCUUUUAGUUACGAGGAUCUUGAGAAUUUUGCAUUUGCUCCGAGAGAAUAUCAUUUUCUUUUUCUUGUAAAUGUCUCGCGAGCAUCUGUUUUUUCUUUUCUUUUUGGUUAUAGGGAAUAUUGUUUAUAACUGUAAACAACAGAUAGCUAUCAAAAUCCUUAUUGAAGUAAAAGGAAUGACUAGUCUUAUAGAUACAUUUUGUGUGCCCUUGCUGAUA